AUGUCAGUGACAAAUCCACCGAUUGAAUAUCCAGAUUUAUGUGAAGAAGGAAAAGGAAAAAUCCAAGGUCUUAUAGAUCCACGGCAGGGUCCAUCUGAUCAAAAUUCAAAAUGUCUUACUUGCGCUGGUUCUUAUAUUGAAUGUCCACGACAUUUCGGUCACAUUGAAUGUUAGUAUUUUAUUUUAUUCUUCAUUUCUUUUUAAA